AUGAGUGAAGACAAUAUACUGUCCAGUUUCAUUGGUGUCAGAAAUGCGUUUUUCUCUCAAGUCAGCAUUGGGAUUGUAGCCAACACCUUCCUUCUUCUCUUCCACAUCCUCUGGUUCUUUCUCAAGCACAGGCCCAGGCCCACCGACCUGGCCAUUGGGCACCUGGCCCUCAUCCACCUGGGGAUGCUGAUCACUGUGGGGUUUAUAGCUGCUGACAUUUUUGAAUCUCAGGAAUUAUGGGAUGACAUUACAUGUAAGGCUGCCAUCUACUCAUACCAGGUGAUGCGAGGUCUCUCUAUGUGCAACACCUGCCUGCUGAGCAUCCUCCAGGCCAUCACCCUCAGCCCCAGGAGCUCCUGUCUGGCAAAGUUCAAGCACACAUCCUCCCCUCACAGCAUGUGUGGCUUUCUCCUCCUAUGGGCUUUCAAUCUGUCCAUCAGUGCUCGUUUCUUAGUCACCGCUGUUGCUGCCACAAAUCAUUCAUCCAACAAUCUUAUGUUUGUCACAAAAUCCUGCUCUCUUAGGCCCCUGAGCUACUUACCCAAGCACACAUUUACCAUGUUGGGGAUCUUGAGGGAUGUCUCCCUUGUAGGGCUCAUGGCCGUCUCAAGUGGGUACAUGGUGACUCUCCUGUGCAGGCACAAGAGGAGGUCCCAGCACCUUCACAGCACCAGCCUCUCUCCAAGAGCCUCCCCAGAGCACAGGGCCACUAGGACCAUCCUGCUGCUCCUGUGUUUCUUUGUGCUCCUGUACUUGAUGGACUGCAUUGUUUACUCCUUCUCAGGAAUGUUGCGCAAGAGUGACCCAGUUCGUCUGUGUGUCCAGAUGUUGGUGGGCAACAGCUAUGCCACCAUUGGUCCUUUUGUGCUAAUCAAUAGUGAAAAACGAAUGAUCAAGUCUUUCAAAUCCAUAUGGGAUAAGCAGAGUAAGUGCUUGACUGCGUAUUAA